GCUGAACUGCGCUCUCUGCUCCCACGCACCAUCCACCAUGGAAAGCUGGGCCCCCUAUCUCCCUCCGGCCCUCUAUACCCUCGCGGAGUCCCUCGCGGAGCCUCUUGCCGAGUACGCGCCGUGGGCGGGUCUCGCUCUGGUCUCGCUCGCCGCCGUGUACCUGGGCUAUGUUUUCGUGCUGGGUCAGAGAGAAGCUGCCGUUGCGUUCAAUGUGCCGAUCCCGCCUGAGGUGCGCGCCAAUUGGAAUGGAGCGAAGUGGGAGGAUGUGGAAGGGGAGGAGAGGAAGUUGCUGGAGGGUCAAAUACGGGGGCAAUGGAGCGACAAGUUGAUUAUGAGCUAUUGCCCCGCCGACGGAAGAGUCCUGGGUAAAGGCACCAAGCCCGAGACGAAGGACGGAGUCGAUCGCGCCAUCAAGGCCGCCAAAAAUGCACAGGUGGAGUGGGCGAGAACGAGCUUUGCGGAGCGGCGGAAGGUCUUGAGGACAUUGCUGAAAUACGUCCUCGAACAUCAAGAUGAAUUGGCCACCGCAUGCUGUCUCGACUCCGGAAAGACCAAGGUCGACGCCUCGUUUGGAGAAAUCCUCGUCACGGCGGAGAAACUGAAAUGGACCAUUGAUCACGGCGAGAAGGCAUUGGCGCCCGAAUCCAGACCGACCAAUUUCCUCAUGAUGUACAAGAAGAACAUGGUCACGUACGAACCCCUCGGCGUGAUCGCCGCCUGCGUCUCCUGGAACUACCCGCUGCAUAACUUCAUCGGCCCCGUCAUCAGUGGCCUCUUCGCGGGCAACGCCGUGGUCGUGAAGCCCUCCGAACAAACCGCCUGGUCCUCUGCCUUCUUCCUCGAAGUCGCCCGCGGCGCCCUCGCCAGCUGCGGCCACUCGCGCGACCUCGUCCAGAGUGUCGUGUGUCUGCCCGACGUCGCCGACUUCCUGACCUCCCACCCGGACAUCGCCCAGCUGACCUUCAUCGGCUCCAAACCCGUCGCCCAUAAGGUCUGCGAGUCCGCCGCGAAAGCCCUCACCCCGGUGACCGUCGAACUCGGCGGCAAGGACCCCUCCGUCGUGCUCGACGACGCCCGCAUCCUGCGCGAGAUCCCCUCCGUCGCCUCCAUCCUCAUGCGCGGCGUCUUCCAAUCCGCCGGCCAGAACUGCGUCGGCGCCGAACGCAUCAUCGCCCUCCCCGGCGCCUACGAGCCCCUCCUCGCCGCCGUCUCCUCGCGCAUCCAGAACCUCUCCAUCGGCUCCAUCCUCCUCGACUCGCGCCCCGAUGGCCCCGGAACCCCCGACAUGGGCGCCCUGAUCUCCCCCGCCGGCUUCGACCGCCUGGAAUCCCUCAUCGCCGACGCCGUCGCGCACGGCGCCCGCCUCAUCUGCGGCGGCACCCGCUACAACCACCCGCGCCAUCCCCACGGACACUACUUCACCCCGACGCUCCUCGCCGACGUCACGCCCGACAUGCGCAUCGCGCAGACCGAGCUCUUCGCGCCCGUCUUCGUCCUCAUGCGCGCCGCCUCCGUCCCCCACGCCAUCGCCAUCGCCAACUCCACCGACUACGGCCUCGGCGCCUCCGUCUUCGGCUACGACCCCGUCGCCGUCAACGCCUGCGUCUCAGGCAUCCACUCCGGCAUGGUCGCCGUCAACGACUUCGGCAGCUACUACGCCGUCCAGCUGCCCUUCGGCGGCGUCAAGGGCUCCGGCUACGGUCGCUUCGCCGGCGAGGAGGGCCUGCGCGGCGUCUGCAACAUUAAAUCCGUCUGCGUGGACCGCUUCCCGAAGCUUGUGGCUACGCGCAUCCCGCCGAGAGUCGACUAUCCGAUUCGCAAGGGCGAGGGCGAUCGCUUGAAUGGGAAUGGCGCUUGGGAGAUGUGUAAGGGUGUUGUCGAGACGGGGUAUCAGCUUACGAUUGCUGGUAGGGUUAGGGGUAUUUUGAGGUUGUUGGGGAAUAUGUAAUUCGUUUUCCUAUCUUUUCCCUCCCUGGCUUGUUAUUCCGGUUGAGAAGCUGAGUUGAGUGUGUGCAUACGUGCAUGAUGAUGGAGAGUCAUUUCUUUGUUACUAUUUUAAUUGGGGAGUAGGUACUGUACAUUAAAUUUUAAUACACUUCAGAUCCAUGGAUA